GCAUGCCCCGUGAGCCCCCGGCUGGCUCUGGUCUGGAGUCGGAAGCCUGGGAGCCCCUGACCCGGGCGAGCGGCCGCGAGGGUUUUGACGAGCUACUAUGGAACAGGAUAAAAGAAACUAGGAGAUUUUUUAAUAUCAGUUUUCUCUUUGACCACAGUGAUCCUGUUGUAACUUGUUUCUAUAUUUCAAGACUUUACUUUCUAAAAGAAUAUGACAGAUACCUAGCAUCUAGCAAAACCAUGGCAGCUGCUUAUCUUGACCCAAACUUGAAUCACACCCCAAGUUCGAGUACCAAGACACACCUCAGUACUGGGAUGGAGCGUUCUCCUGGGGCCAUGGAGCGAGUAUUAAAAGUCUUUCAUUAUUUUGAAAAUAGUAGUGAGCCAACCACAUGGGCCAGUAUUAUCAGGCAUGGAGAUGCCACUGAUGUCAGAGGCAUCAUUCAGAAGAUUGUGGACAGUCACAAAGUAAAGCAUGUGGCCUGUUAUGGAUUUCGACUCAGUCAUCUUCGUUCAGAGGAAGUUCACUGGCUACAUCUGGAUAUGGGUGUUUCCAAUGUGAGAGAAAAAUAUGAACUAGCUCACCCACCAGAGGAGUGGAAGUAUGAAUUGAGAAUUCGUUACUUGCCAAAAGGAUUUUUGAACCAGUUUACAGAAGACAAGCCAACUUUGAAUUUCUUUUAUCAGCAGGUGAAAAACGACUAUAUGUUAGAAAUAGCUGAUCAAGUGGACCAGGAAAUUGCUUUGAAGUUGGGUUGCCUUGAAAUACGGAGAUCGUACUGGGAAAUGAGGGGCAAUGCCCUGGAGAAGAAAUCUAACUAUGAAGUAUUAGAAAAGGAUGUUGGUUUAAAGAGAUUUUUUCCUAAGAGUUUGCUGGAAUCUGUCAAGGCCAAAACCCUCAGAAAAUUGAUACAACAAACAUUUCGUCAGUUUGCCAAUCUUAAUAGAGAAGAAAGUAUUCUGAAAUUCUUUGAAAUUCUCUCUCCGGUGUACAGAUUUGAUAAAGAAUGCUUCAAAUGUGCUCUUGGGUCAAGUUGGAUCAUUUCUGUGGAGCUGGCAAUUGGCCCAGAAGAAGGCAUCAGUUACCUUACAGACAAGGGCUCCAAUCCUACACAUCUUGCAGACUUCAAUCAAGUUCAGACCAUUCAGUAUUCAAACAGUGAUGACAAAGACAGAAAAGGAAUGCUGCAACUGAAAAUAGCAGGAGCACCUGAGCCUCUCACAGUGACAGCCCCAUCUUUAACCAUUGCAGAGAAUAUGGCUGACUUAAUAGAUGGAUAUUGCCGACUAGUUAAUGGAGCUACACAAUCUUUUAUCAUUAGACCUCAGAAAGAAGGUGAACGAGCCUUACCAUCAAUACCAAAGCUAGCCAACAAUGAGAAGCAAGGAGUAAGGACACAUACAGUCUCUGUAUCAGAUGAAAUUAGUGGGGACGAAACAGAUGACUAUGCUGAAAUUAUAGAUGAAGAAGAUACUUAUACAAUGCCCUCAAAAAGCUAUGGAAUAGAUGAAGCCAGGGAUUAUGAGAUACAAAGAGAAAGGAUAGAACUUGGACGCUGUAUUGGAGAAGGCCAGUUUGGAGACGUACAUCAAGGAGUUUACAUGAGUCCAGAGAAUCCAGCAAUGGCAGUUGCAAUUAAAACAUGUAAAAACUGUACCUCUGACAGUGUGAGAGAAAAAUUCCUUCAAGAAGCCUUAACAAUGCGUCAAUUUGAUCACCCACAUAUUGUGAAGUUGAUUGGAGUUAUAACAGAAAACCCUGUCUGGAUAAUCAUGGAACUCUGCACACUAGGAGAGCUGCGGUCAUUUUUGCAAGUGAGAAAAUACAGCUUGGAUUUGGCAUCUUUGAUUCUAUAUGCUUACCAGCUUAGUACAGCCCUUGCCUACCUAGAAAGUAAAAGAUUUGUGCAUAGGGACAUUGCUGCUAGAAAUGUGCUGGUAUCUUCAACUGACUGUGUAAAAUUAGGAGACUUUGGUUUGUCUCGAUAUAUGGAAGAUAGUACUUACUACAAAGCUUCUAAGGGAAAAUUACCUAUUAAAUGGAUGGCUCCAGAGUCAAUCAAUUUUAGACGUUUUACCUCAGCUAGUGAUGUGUGGAUGUUUGGUGUGUGCAUGUGGGAAAUUUUGAUGCAUGGUGUAAAGCCUUUUCAAGGAGUGAAGAACAAUGAUGUAAUUGGUCGAAUUGAAAAUGGUGAACGAUUGCCAAUGCCUCCAAAUUGUCCUCCUACCCUCUACAGCCUUAUGACAAAGUGCUGGGCAUAUGAUCCCAGUAGAAGACCCAGGUUUACUGAACUCAAAGCACAGCUCAGUACAAUACUGGAGGAAGAGAAGCUCCAGCAAGAAGAACGAAUGAGAAUGGAAUCAAGAAGGCAAGUCACAGUGUCCUGGGAUUCAGGAGGCUCAGAUGAAGCUCCUCCCAAGCCCAGCCGACCUGGUUACCCUAGCCCAAGAUCCAGUGAAGGUUUUUAUCCUAGUCCACAACAUAUGGUACAAGCCAAUCAUUAUCAGGUCUCUGGUUAUACUGGUUCUCAUGGAAUAACAGCUAUGGCUGGCAGCAUUUAUCCUGGUCAGGCAUCUCUGUUGGAUCAAACAGAGUCUUGGAACCACCGACCUCAAGAAGUAUCAAUGUGGCAGCCCAACAUGGAGGACUCUGCCUCGUUGGACAUGAGGGGAUUAGGCCAAGUUCUUCCAGCGCAUCUUAUGGAAGAGAGGUUGAUACGACAGCAGCAGGAAAUGGAAGAAGAUCAACGUUGGCUUGAGAAGGAAGAGAGAUUUUUGUACUUUGUAGUAAAGCCUUUUUUGAACCUCUAAAAAAAAAAGAGAGAGAGAGAAGACUUCAUUUCCUCUACUAUUUGAAGAAUGAAAUUCCUCAGGAUCUACUUUCCGUAAGAUCUGUCAUUGUUCACAAGCUUCAAAUGAUCCCCACCCCAUUGCUGAUUCACACCUGUUUUGUCUGUCUGCUGCUGACACAUUUCUCCUAAAAAAUGUAUCAUGCUUUAUCAUUGAUUCAGUUAGUCCUUCUAUUCACUCUAGAUCAUCCUUAUUGCCUGUCCCAAGUUAAAUUACAUUUAUCCAUAUGUCCAGCCACCAUCACCACAUCUCUAGGAAGUAGAUGUGCAGACAUUAAGUUGAUAUUCACAGUAAAAAUAAGAUCAGCCAGGCUCUGUUAAACACAUUCUGAAAUAUAUUAGUUUAAACCUUAAGACCAGUAAGAUAUGUCCAGCCAUAGAUCACAUAAUCAUGGAGUUGCCAGGACUUCAGAGCUCAUCUAGUUAAGCUCAUACCUGAACAAGAUUGUUCUCCAAUGUGUCCAACAGAGAAUCCUCAAGUCUUCGCUUGAAGUCUUCCAGGAGCCUGUGCCACUUUUGAUGACCUAAUUGUUAAGAAGUUUUUCUUACAGCAAGUUUAAAUUUGAUUCUUUGUGAUUUCUACUAUUACUUCUAGCAUAGACUCUGGGGCCAGGCAGAAUAAUUCUGACUGUUCUCCCACAUGAUAGCCCUUCAAAUACUUGAAGAUACCCUCUUCAGUAUUUUCUUCUCCAGGGUAAACAUAUCUCCUUCCUUCAACCAUUCCCCAUAUGACACGUCCUUGAUCAUGGUUGUCUUCCUCCAGAUACUCUUCAACUUAUUAGUGUCCUUUCUAAAAUAUGGCACCUGGUACUGAAUGCUACUUCUCAUGUGGUUGUGCCCUAGCAGAAGGAAAAAGAAUGAUUACCUCUCUUGUUCUAGACACUGCAUUUCUUAAGGCAGCCUAAUAUCAUAUUGACUUUCUUGGAUACAGUUUUCAUAUAGACCCAGAUCUUUUUCAAAGAAGCUGCUGCUUAGCCUUGCUUCUUCUCUCUGUCUUUUGAAGAUGACCUUUUUUUCAUCCCAAUGUAAGAUUCCAUAGGAAAGAGAUUAGACUUUCAUCUUCUUGGAUCCAGCCCAUUAUUCUACCCUGUUCCAAAUUUAUUUAAUUUCUGAUUUCAUCUAAGAUAUCAGCAAUUCCAGUUAGUAGUUAACUAAUUCCAAGGACCAAUUUUGUCUCCUCAGAAUCCUAUCAUCAAGGAUCAUAAGAAAGUCUAAUAGGCAUAGGGCCUGGGAGUGGUUUUGUGAUACUUUGAUGAUAUUUAAAGAAGGAAGAAAAGGGAAGAAAGAAGUAAAAUACUAAGAGGAAAGAGGAUGAGGGCAAUAAUCUCACAAAAUGUGAGUAUAUAAAGAGAAGACUAUAUAUCCUAUGAUUAGGCACUGAGCAAGGGAAAAAGAAGAAGGGAAGUAGAGCAGAAGAAGAUUUUAUCAAACUAGAUCAUAUGUGCUACCUGCCUCUUUACAGAUUAGUCUGAAUAAUGAAUUCCCUGAAAUAUAUUUGAAUUUAUACUAUUGAAAGUUUAUUAUUAUAUAAAAUAUGAUAAUUAUUUAAACAAAUCAUGAAAAGGAUAGAACAUUGGGCUAAAUCCAGUAAAAUAAAAGUUUAUCUCACUCUCCUGUAAAAUCUUAAAUUUGGAUUAAUAAAUGACCUUUACAAUUCAAAAGUAGGAUGAGGAGACAGCAUUUUCUUUGAAAAAGAUCUGAACCUUUUAAAAAUUAUACCAGAAGCUCUAUCUGAACUGAGAGUAUCAUGCAAAAGCCAAGAAAGUCAAUGUGAUGAUAGGCCCUCUUGAGAGACGCCAAGACAAGAAAGGUGAGCUCCCUAUUUUCUUCUACUAUGGUACAACCACAUCUUUAGUAUUUGUUAUAUUCAGUACUGGGUGCCAUAUUUUAGGAAGAGUAGUGUCUCCCCAUCUUAAAAUAUCAACAGUUAAUCCUAGUUUAGUCCCUUAUAGUUCUUUCUUCUUGUUUACUUUUUUAUGUUUCGUAGACUUCUGUAUUUGUACUUCAGUUACUAUGAAAUUCCUGUAUUUUCAUCAGAAAUGCUUGGAAGUCUUCUAAUUUCAUUAAAGGUCUAUUUUCCCCCUAUAGAAUUGUAUUCAUUUUUUGGUAGAUAAAAUUAUUCUUAACUAUAAAUCUUUAUCCUUUGCUUUCUGGAUAUUGUAUUUAAGCUGUUAUAUCUUGUUAUAUAAUAAUUAAAAUAAUAGCUAACAUUUUUAUAGCAAACAACUUUGAGGCAGCUACUGUGCUAAGGACUUUGCGAUUAUUAUACCAUUCGAUCCUAAAAAUAAAAAAAAUAAUAAAUAAUAAAUUUUAACCUGGAAGGAGACAGGAAAAUUGAAACAGAGAGCGAUUCUGACUUACCCAGAAUUACACAGCUAAUCAAUGUCUAAGGCCAGAUUUGAACUCUAGCCUUCCUGAGUCUAGGCCCAGCACUUUAAGCAUUGUACCACCCACUGCCUCCUCUGUGGUUCUUUGGUAAUUAAAUUCUUUCUGGCUACUUGGCAAUAAUUUGUUCUUUGACCUGGAAGUUCUAAAUUUAAGUUUUAAUAUUCCUGGGAGUUUUCCUUUGGGAGUUUAUUUCAGAAGGGAAGUAGUAGAUUCUUUCCAUUUUUACUGUGCCCUCUGAUUCUAAGAUGUCUGAAAGGUUUUAUGAUUUCUUGCAAUAGGAUACCUUGGCCUUUUUUUAAAAUCAUUAAAAUCAUCAUGCUUUCAGGCAAUGUAGUGAUACUGAAAUUAUCUGUCCUUGAUCUAUUUUACAAGUCAGUUGUUUUAUACUUUCUUCUAUUUUAUCAGCCUUUUGGAUUCCAGUUACAUAGAUACCAUAGCACCAAGCUAUUAAUUUUCUUUCCAAUUCUUUUUUUCUACAGUUCUCAUUUCUUUUC